AUGUCCCAAUGCCCACUCACUCGCGGCCUGGCGUGCAACAUGGCCGUGUCGGGAAAGGACUUGCAGACAAAUGUGCUGGCGAGCGGCAUACCGUGCCUGGACCUGAUUGUCUAUCUGGAGCCGAUCCUCAGGCCCCUGGCGACCACGGGGAUGUGGUCGUCUUCUGUCUUCAGUAACAAUGUGCUCAAGGUAGUUGCAAUGACCGCUGGGCUGUCGCUGUUUGGAAUGUUCCUGGUGCAGCUGUUGGCUGAGGUGGUGGGAACGCCGUUGCUCCUGGCCGCCAAUGGUGACAUCGACAGGCUGAUCCACGACAUGAGCGUGCUGGGCAUCCACCUGGACACCUUCUGGAAGUGGCUCUUCAUGCUGACCCAGCGACGGCGCUUCAUCCAGCUGCUGCGACAGAUGGAGAGCUGCAUGUGCCUCGGGGUGCUCGCUUGUCCGACAGAUCGACUCGCACUUCAAGACGGUUACUUGCAAGGACAAGGAAUACAGCGAUGGGCGGUGCCGACGAAACUGUACGAGGUUCUCGAGCGGACGCGGUUCCGCUACUGGAUGGUGACCGUCGUGUGGUCAGUGCUGUGCGUGCUCGGAGCCUCGCACUGGUACUUCGUGCCGCUCCUCAAAGGAGACGAUUCACUGCGAUACGACGCGUGGUACCCGUUCGACAGCCAUCAGCCAACCAUUAAGAAGAUGGUGUACUGGAUGCAGUACGCAUGCUCCAUGUACUCGGUGAUGAUCCUCUGCUUCUUCGACUGCCUGCUCGUGUGGCUGCAGCAGCUGCUGUGCGUACAGCUGCGCUAUCUGGCCGGAAACCUGCGAGAACUCUCUCGCAGCGGCGGGGCGUUCAGCGUCGAUCGCCGUCAGACGUUGGCAGUUUGCAUCUCACACCACGAGCACAUUCUGAGAGUCAUGAGAGAACUGAACGCGUUUGUCGCACCUCUGCUCUUUCUACAGUGCUUCAAGAACAUGAUGAUCCUCUGUUUGGUGGCGUUCUUGGCAUCAAUGGCAGGCGCGAGUGACCUGCUGGAGCUAUCGGGCUUAAUGCUGUACUUCAUGGCCGCCUGUCAACAGUUAUUCUUCUACUGUUGGUGCUGCGAGGAGCUCACUUACUUGGGUGUAGAAGUGGGCGACGCGGCAUACGACAGUGGCUGGGAGUACUGGGACGUUCCGUCCCAGAAAAGCAUCGUCAUCAUCAUAUGGCGUUCACAGAAGGCUUUCAUCUUCAAAGGCGGCUGGUUCUAUGCACUCAACGUCGCAACUUUCGUUGAUCUCAUCAAGCUGUCUUUCUCCUACUACACGGUUCUACGAAGUAUGAGGGAAGAAUGAGAAGAGGACGAAACGAUCUAGAUUUCUUUUUCCUGAUGAUAAUGUGGUGCAUCACGUAUGCAUUUCGGAAACUCAUUCUAAGUUCUAAUUCAGCAUUAUUUUAGUGCACUGUAGAAAAUUGCAAGUCUUCUGUUGUCAUUACCCAGGAAGUUACUCUGUUAUUAAAAUCACCAAAUUGCAAAACAAAACGUUCACUUCAGCAAUUUUCUUUACAUAUUAGUUGCUAUGACAAACUAGCUGACUUGAUACAGCGUAAGAUUCUGAGGCUUCUACAGAACAGUGCAAGUGACAUGUAAAGUCAGUUUAGAAUUUCCUAAUUAAUUGCAUCAUAUAUGCUAUCAGACGAGAGUAAGUACGUAUUUUCUAGAGAAGACCCACGGAAUAAAUCGAGAUAUAUCCAAAAGUCUUUAGAUUUUUUUUCCUUUGAGAUAAAACUGUUCAUCUUUAGUAGCAAGCGAAGGUUAUAAGUUAUUCAGUUUUUCUACAAAUUAUAACCGAUCCUUGCUGAAUCCUGAACUAAGAGGCCAGAGUUACUACAUAUAAGAAGUGUUCGCUUCUAACAUGAAACUCUCAUCGCAAAAUUUCUUUCAUCUGUACCUUGUGUAUUGAUAGACACAUUCAAAGGUAUGAAGCCGGAUGUUUGGAAACUACACCAGAUGCGCCGAAAUACAAGAAAAUGUAGUGGAAAUAAAAAGCCACCAGUAGGACGACCGACGAACAAUGCACCAAGACCAUGGCCCAGCUAUCAACCUAACAAAGCACCUGACUCCUGGAAGACGGGUGGUAAAAAGUAAAAGGCAUAAAUCACCGACUGCUGAGCACCCCAGCAAUGACAAAUAAUGCAUGGAAGGAAGCCAGUUUCCAGUUGUGCUGCAUGUACGUGAGGGUGGCAGCCCACAGACUGCAUCACCAAAUAUGCUCAACUAAGGGAAUCACAAGAUCAUUGACAAUUGUCAGUGCACCAUGUGUGGAAGACCUUGCAAUGAAUGUCACAUCACUGCGUAAAAAGAAAAAUUAUUCUCACUAUCUUACUGUGCAUAUGAGGAUAACUUUAGUUAACUAAUUAAUACUGUGUACACACUGUGUUUAAUAAAAUCUUAAUAAAAA